AGCCAUUGUCGGUCAUUAAGUUUUCAACCCUAGAACCAAAAGGUCCAUCCGGUUAAGUAUCUCAACUAUAAAAACAAAAGGUAGAACGGUAAAAAUUUUGUAAGUCAACUAAGAUGAAUCAUCAGGACAACUUAAGCAAAACCAUAGAUAUAUGUAAAAGUAAGUAUAUAGCCAUCCCGGAGUGGGAGAAAGAGAGGUAUGGUAAGCAUUUCGAGGCAUUACAUUCCACAAUUUUUGGAAUACUGAGAUCAGAGAAUGCCCAGCUGGACAACCUCAUCGUGGAGUAUAGUUUGGAAGGUAUGUUCUGGUACAGUGGAUCCUGCUUCUGAUUGAUAAUGAAAUGGUUGUUCCUCAGCCGUAAAUCCCAUUCCAAUUUCCUCCGUGAGUCAGAGUACUUGUAACCGCGAUAACAAGUGCAUUUCGGUCGUAAAGAUAAAUCUAUAUUCGCACUAUCAGUAUUCGGUCGUAUUCUUGUACCCCCGGUUCCUCGUAUCCUUGCCCCUCCCGUUCCGUCUUUAUCGUUCCGCGGCGUCGUGUUUUUCGAUCGUUACUUAAAGCGUAGUUUCCGAUUAAAUUUCACAGGGAGCACGGGAGAUAUGUUAAAAGUCGCGAAACCGAACGAAUUCGAUUUGGUUUUUAAGUUACAAAUUCCGUAUUACGAGAGCAUCGUGGUGUCGCGAGAUUCGAAUGUUCCGGGCAACGUAUUACUCGAUAUGACGCGUGUAUUAGAAUUCCUUAGAGACGAUCCCCGCGAGGAUUGCCAGAGCAUCCGGAAACUGCUUCAAAAUCAACUCGUCGACGCGCAGAACUUCCUCGUCGUGGACAAGCUGCGCUCCUGGCUCCAGAGUCUCUUCAGCCAAGCGCUUAAUCGGAUCGCGGAUCGCGUGGAGGUGGAUGGCAUCGUGUCCCAGCUGAAAUAUAGGACCUGUGGGCCGGCCCACACCAUCGUCGUGGAUGGAGAGCUGGAGUAUUCGGUCGACUUCGUACCCGCCAUCCGCCUGGGGGCCGAACAGAACGUAUUGGGCGAGGAUCAGUUGACGUAUUUCCGACGCGCGAACCUAUCUUACUGGGAGGCAAUCCCAAAGCCCCUAAAAAUCCAAACUAAGACCAGCAGUAUCUCGUUUAGAUCCUCUUUUUAUGCGGCCGAAAAGGCGAUGCUUCCGGAGAACUGCCGGGAUGCAAUUAAGCUUAUGAAGAAAUUUCGCGAUGUCAAGACCAACUUAAGUAACCUUAAGAGCUACUACAUUAAAACUUUGUUUCUUUGGAAGAUUAGGAAAGAACCGGAGUCCUACUGGCAGAAGCCGCUCACAGUCAUUUUGCCUGAUAUGUUUGAAGAGCUGACGAAGUGCUUAGGGCAGGGAAAACUUCCCUUCUUCUGGGACCCUGAACUGAACAUGAUCGAUGUUUUGACGCCAGAACAAGUGAUGGAUAUGUACCUAUGCGUUCGAAGAAUUCCAGGCGCGCUGAGGAGGGCCGCCCGACAAAGGUGUUUCUCUCGGUUGUUUGUUCUUCGGACUUUUAGCAGCAAGGAGGAAAGAGAUCUGCAUCUGGGAUGCAGUUUAAAGCGAAGUCGCCAACCAAAUCACUUUGUAAUUAAGAGGAUGAAAUAGAAAAACUACCUUAAUGAGGUGCAGUGGAUGCCUUAAGAAAAGGAUCCCGGAAAGGAGCUACCGCAAGCUUAACUCAAGUUUGGCCAAAAUCGUCGAUGCCCCUUAAAAGACCGGAGUCAUGAAUGUCUAAGGGGUCGUCCGUAUAUUACUAUAUCAAUAAAUUGGUAAUUUUGUGGGACAAAUUAUUUUUGUUUGCCCAAAACAUUUUUAAAAUGUUUUAAUAUAUGGACAGCCCCUAUGAAACUAAAUUUGCAAAAUGCAAUGCACUCAUUUAACAAAGCAUAUAAAAUUGCCAAGUCAUUAUUUCAUUGUGAAAUUGUUAAUAAUUUGUGAGAGCUUUAUUGGAAAUAUCCGAUUGGGUCAAAUAUGGCACAUUGACAUCGUAAAAUUGUUUGUUAUUAUUGACGAAUGACUGGAGAAGUACACCUAAAGAAAAUUGUCAUAGAAACUAAAUUAUUGUUAAAUGAAUUUUAAACUUUUGGGAACGAAAUAUUUUUCAAUUAGUUGAGUAUUAAAUUAAAAGCACGAAAGUAUCAAUAUAAAACUUAUGUGGUUUAAAAAUAAGGCCUUAAACUACA